GUCAAAGUCACACAAGCUUAAUUUGUACGUGUUUAGGUAGCUACCAAUCAUCAGAUCAGAUUUAGAUAAGUAUUAACUUUUAUCAGAGAUUGUACGAAUCAUUCUGACGCUUAAAACUAAUUGUUUGUCAUAUGUGAUGACAUACAAACUAACGUUGAAAUAUUGAUUAGUAUUUAAUCAGUUGUCUAUUUUACUAAUCUGUUCCAAGCAAAAACACUCCAUCCUAUUGAUUUCUUUAUAAAAUAAGUGCUUAUUAUCCUGAAGUAUAAUAUUGAGUCACUGCGGUAUGAAUCAAAGAUUUUAUCAAAUCGACUUAUGAUAUAAAAAUAAGGUACUCAGAAUAUAUAUGGCUGCAUUCUGACUUGAUUCUCUGCAUUUGUCAGUAAACAUCAAACAAUGAGGGCUGUAUUUUCCCUUAUCCUAUUGGCUGUUGCCGUCCAAGCUGUUCCAACAUGCCCUGUAGUCGAUGGACCUAGAUCGCAGUAUAUCCCACAUGAGACGAACUGUUCCCUGUUCUACCAGUGUUCAAAUGGAACGCCUUAUCUGAAAGUAUGUCCUGCCGGACUAUACUUCAAUCCUAAACUAGAUGUAUGUGAUUAUCCACGGAAUGUUGACUGUCACAACAAAAAUGGAACUACAUCAACACCGUGGCACGUAACCACCUCUACUCCAUGGAACUCAACUACAUCUGAUUCAUGGAAUGUAACUACCUCAGCACCUCAGAACGUAACUACCUCUGUUCCCUGGAACGUGACUACCUCUGCACCUCAAAACGUAACUACCUCUGUUCCAUGGAACGUAACUACAUCUGUUCCAUGGAACGUAACUACCUCUACUCCAUGGAAUGUAACUACAUCUGUUCCAUGGAAUGUGACCACAUCUGCUCCAUGGAACGUAACUACCUCUGUUCCAUGGAACGUAACUACAUCUGUUCCAUGGAACGUAACUACCUCAACACCUAAGAACGUAACUACCUCUGUUCCCUGGAACGUAACAACAUCUGCUCCAUGGAGCGUACCUACAUCUGUUCCAUGGAACGUGACUACAUCUGCUCCCUGGAACGUAACUACAUCUGCUCCGUGGAACGUAACCACAUCUACUCCGUCGAACCUAACUACUUCAGCACCUCGGAACGUAACUACCUCUGCGCCAUGGAGCGUAACUACAUCAGCACAGUUUUCUUCCUUUGUUUGCAACAUUGGGGAAACGAUAUGAAAAUACUCAAGCACCAUCAACACCAACUAGAAGGCAUUCACCGUAAAGCAAUAUCAUAGUCUCAAUCUUUGGCAUGUCCGAAACUAUGUUGACAGCAUGAACAUUCUACAAAAUAACAAUUGUUUCCAGCACAAAUGCCACAACUCCAUCAUGGACCACAGCAUCAACAACCUCAACAAGUUCCACUUCAAAUCCUGUGACAACUUCUACAACGCCAAGCUCUACAAGUGGUACUACCUGGACUCCUACUAAUGCAACAGAAACUACCACAAGAAGCGCUUCAACCAAGCCUACAAGAAAACCAUGCCCUCACCAUCAUUCCUCAGAGUCUUAUUCAAAAUCUAGUUCGUCUUCUUCAUCAUCAGAUUCAUCUUCAUCGUCAGAUUCAUCUUCAUCACGAAGCUCAUCUUCUUCGUCAUCUGAUGAGUCCAAAUCCAAGAAAGACAAGCACCACAAGCAUCAUAAACAUGACUCCAAAGAGCACAAGCACCACAAUAAGGACAAGUCAAAAGAAAAGGAGCAUCAUAAGAAACACCACUCUAAGGAACACAAACAUCACAGAAAGAGCGUUGAACUUGCAGAGGAGUUUGUAUCCAUGGACAUCCUGAAUUUGAAGCUUCAGUCAAAGUGUAUAGAUAUGGAGAACUUCUAUUUGACCUCUCACCCAUACGAUUGUGAUAAGUACGUCAUAUGUGACUAUGGAGAUGCCGUAGAACAAGAAUGUCCUGAAGACUUUGCCUACAGCCCAGACAUUAGUAUUUGUGUUGCAAAAGGUUUCGAGAAAUGUGUUCUGUCUAGACACUUCUAGCCAAAGGGGAUGUAGAUUUGGUAACGACAAUAACUAAAGUUCCCUUCUAUUGGUGAGGCGAAUUUUCUGAAAGCACGAAUUAAAUUUUCUUCAAAAUACCUUGUUUUACUAAAUUCCAUCCCCUUGUACGACCUCAAUUUUGUUGAAUAUGUUGCAAUUGUUCUCAUGUACCAAAAUAGAGAGGAUAGUAAUGCA